UACCGUUUCGGUCCACCGCCAUCCUAAGCGUGAGCCGUAAGCACAUUACAUCAUGUUCAUUGCACGUGACAUACUCUUGAUGUGUGAAUGUCUAUCUUGUUUCUUGAAAAGAAAGACACUCGGCAGAAAUUCCAAACCCCAGUUCUCUCGAUCCUCUCUCUCACACCUCCCUUCACCAUGGGUCAGGGACCAUCCGGAGGUUUGAACCGGCAAGGCUUACCCGGCGACCGGAAAAACGAUGGCGACAAGAAAGAGAAAAAAUUCGAACCGGCGGCGCCACCGGCAAGAGUCGGCCGCAAGCAGCGAAAACAGAAGGGGCCGGAGGCGGCUGCUCGUCUGCCGACGGUAACGCCUCUGACGAAGUGCAAGCUGAGACUGCUGAAGCUGGAGCGAAUAAAGGACUAUCUUCUGAUGGAAGAAGAGUUCGUGACCAAUCAAGAGAGACUGAAACCUCAAGAAGAGAAGACCGAAGAAGAUCGAUCCAAGGUCGACGAUCUGCGUGGGUCUCCGAUGAGCGUUGGGAAUCUGGAGGAAUUGAUUGAUGAGAACCACGCCAUCGUGUCGUCAUCGGUGGGGCCGGAAUAUUAUGUGGGGAUUUUGUCGUUCGUUGAUAAGGAUCAGCUUGAGCCUGGCUGUGCAAUUUUGAUGCAUAAUAAGGUUCUUUCUGUCGUUGGACUUCUUCAAGAUGAAGUUGAUCCAAUGGUUUCUGUAAUGAAAGUCGAGAAAGCUCCAUUGGAAUCAUAUGCUGAUAUAGGUGGGUUAGACGCCCAGAUACAGGAAAUCAAAGAAGCAGUCGAGCUUCCCCUGACACACCCUGAAUUAUAUGAAGACAUUGGUAUCAAGCCUCCUAAAGGGGUGAUACUUUAUGGAGAGCCAGGAACAGGCAAGACCUUACUUGCAAAGGCUGUAGCAAAUUCUACAUCAGCAACUUUCUUACGAGUUGUUGGAAGUGAACUGAUUCAGAAGUAUCUGGGAGAUGGUCCAAAAUUAGUCAGGGAACUAUUCAGAGUUGCUGAUGAUCUCUCACCUUCAAUUGUUUUCAUUGAUGAAAUUGAUGCAAUUGGUACAAAAAGGUAUGAUGCCCAUUCAGGUGGUGAACGUGAAAUUCAGAGGACCAUGUUGGAACUUCUGAACCAGUUAGAUGGUUUUGAUUCAAGAGGGGAUGUCAAGGUGAUUCUUGCAACAAACAAAAUUGAAAGCCUCGAUCCUGCACUGCUUCGGCCUGGUCGAAUAGAUAGGAAGAUCGAAUUUCCUCUUCCUGAUAUCAAAACAAGGAGGCGCAUUUUCCAGAUACACACUUCAAGGAUGACUUUGUCUGAUGAUGUCAACUUAGAAGAAUUUGUUAUGACUAAGGAUGAGUUUUCUGGGGCUGACAUCAAGGCAAUAUGUACUGAAGCUGGUUUGCUUGCUUUAAGAGAGCGUAGAAUGAAGGUGACACAUCCAGAUUUCAAGAAGGCAAAAGAUAAGGUUAUGUUCAAGAAGAAAGAGGGGGUUCCGGAAGGACUCUACAUGUAAAAAUAGCCUUGUUCUUUGGGGACAUGGUCAUGUAUUUUACUUGUUUCUCCAUAUCAAAUUUCGCUUUGCUGCUGCUUCUUUUUAAGCUCCAAGUGUUACAAUGAUUUUGCCAUCCUUUGCAAACGAUGGAAGUUCUGUUUGCAAACCAAUCUGAUUUAUUUACUAGUCAUCCUAUUAUAUUGAUGAACUUGCCUUUUGGAUCUUAUUCGUUGGUUGGGUCAGACGGAGCUGCAAAUUCCAGACAGAAUACACGUCUCUGAUGUGCUAUAUCGAUCAUUAAUGUUGUGAUGAAGCAUUGGAACUGCUUGUUUCUCGUGUUCAUUACUUCACUGGUGGGAAGAAUGGCAGUUCUAUUCCAGUGGUAAGUCACUCGUGACAACCUUAACUAGCACGCUAAUAGUUGGAACACAUUGAGCAUGGAGGUGGUAUUGGAAAGUCCUUGUCGCACUUUGGUUCUGUCAUGUUCCUUCGUAGAUAACUUUUGCAUUGUUUCCCCUCCUCCAAAGGUGAGGAGGAUGUCUGGAUUUCAUCUCUGGGUAGGUGCACCUACACCUAUUCCAUAAAAAAGCAAUUCAUGGGGUUGCCUCAAAGUUCAAACUAAAGAUUGUGUGGGUU